UAGAAUUUCGUGAAACAGUAUAUAUUGGGCAUCCUGUCUUGGCUGGAGGCAUUUCUGACUCAAGAGUCUAGCAAGACGGCCUCAGGGUGAAAAUGCUCUUGAUCUAGACUAGCUCCAUGGCUAGUCAGAGUAACGACGACGUAUACCAAGUCAUGCUGGCUCCUCCCGGUGAUGGGGAGUCGGCAGGAGAGGUCCCGUCCAGUUCCUCCCUGCACCUCAAUUUGGAUUCCCGGAAUUUGGAGAGGCGCGAGGGUCCAGCCGUGAGCCGAGAUCCAGGCCCCCAAGACAACCCACCGCCACCGGCCCCAAACCGCGGCGCCUACAACGUGGGAGAAAACAUUUUCGGGCUCUCCUUCCCAAGAAGGCUCUGGAGGAUCGUGGAGGACACCACCUUCACGUCCGUGUGCUGGAACGACGACGGCGACACUGUGGUCAUCGACGAAGACCUUUUCCAGAGGGAGAUUCUCCACCGCAGGGGCCCAGAGAGAAUCUUUGAAACUGACAGCUUGAAGGGGUUCAUCCGCCUAAUGAACCUGUACGGGUUCAGCAAAAUACGCCCAAACAACCCUUCGGUUCAUGCCCCAGGGAACAGGAGAACGAUGCUCUACCGCAACUCCAGCUUUCAGCGAGACAGGCCAGGGCUGCUGGAGAAUAUUCAGAGAAAAAGUGACCUGAGAACUGUCACCGGGUGGCCAGGGAGCGGCGCAACACCGUCAAAGAAAAAGAAGCCCGUGGUACCUACAAGACGGUCCCCACGAAUCCAUCACAAGGAAUCCACCAAGGAGGACAAGGCAGCCCCCAAAGAAGGCCCAAAUGUUCCGGGACCCAGUGGCACCGGGUCCUUUACCUUCUCUGGUAUCUGGUCCCUGAGCAGUGCGGCGGGGUAUGACACGGAGAAUCCUGCCUCCGGGGAGCAGGGCGGCCCGUGUGGGGAGGGCACCUCCAGGAAUGACACAGUUGCGCCCCCCGCUACCACCGGAAGGGAGGGCGCGGGGGAGCUGCCCACCGCCCCCGCACCCUACCCAGAUUACGGGUCAGUGAUGUCGCUGUACAACACCUGCUAUUCCAUCCUGCUGGCUGCCCUUUCCGUCAUGUCCCCAGACGAGGUCCCCAGUGAGAACGAGAACGAGGAGGAGGAGGGCUCCUCAGAUUACAGGUGUGCCCUCUGUGAACAUUUCAAGGACAAUCCAGGUCCCUAAGCUCAUAGGCCACUGGUGA